AUGUCAUUCGAUGGUACAAACUACGGGUUCCAAGUGGGGGUGAACUAUGGAUCCAUCAUAGCGGGAUGCCAUCCUCCUUUGGAGCCAAGCUUUUUCUUUACCUCAUACUACGAAGCACACAAGAAUAUCAAUCCUCCACGUGUUAUGAAAACAUGUAGAUGGUUCCUAAAUCACCGGACAUUUCAAGCGUGGAAAAACAGCGACCAUGCAGAUCUCCUAUGGCUGUCAGCAGACCCUGGUUGUGGAAAAUCUGUACUGUCAAGGGCCUUGAUUGAUGAUGUACUGGCUCUGAACACGUCAGUCAUCAUUUGCUAUUUCUUCUUCAAAGACAACAAGGAACAAAAUACCACGGCAACUGCAUUAUGUGCUCUCCUCCAUCAACUGUUUUGUGAGAGAACGGAUCUUUUCCAAAAGCACGCCGAGAAUGUGAUCAAGCUACAGGGAGAGAAACUGAAGUUUAAUUUUGAGUCUCUUUGGAAGCUAUGGAUGUCUGCAACCUCCGACUCUUCUAGUGGGAAUAUAAUUUGUGUUCUGGAUGGCCUUGAUGAAUGCAACAAGCCCGACCGCGAAAGACUUAUACAAGAAUUGAAACGAUUCUAUACAACAUGCCAGGGAAAGAAAGCCAGUGACCAAAUGCUAAAAUUUCUUGUCACAAGUCGUCCGUAUGGAGACAUUGAGAGGGGAUUUGGUACGCUCACCUAUCAAUUUCCACAUGUUCGCCUCGCUGGCGAGGAAGAAUGGAAGGACAUCAGCAACGAAGUCAGCAUGGUGAUGGAUGCCAAGAUAGACGAUAUUGUGACUGAAAGGGGUCUUUCUGAUGAGAUCCGGGACGCUCUGAAGCACCGGCUUUCUGAAAUUGAGAACAGGACCUAUCUAUGGCUGCACUUGAUGCUGGAUGUCCUUCGAGACUUCCACGGUACCACAAAGUCUAAGCUGCUCCAAGAGAUCGAUCAACUCCCGGAGAGUAUUGACGAGGCGUACGAAGAAAUCCUAGGACGAUGCAACAGAAGUGUUAAGCAAGAUGGCAGGCGGCUUCUAGAGAUAAUUGUGGCAGCGCAGCGCCCUUUGACGCUUUCUGAGGUUGAUGUUGCAAUGGAGAUACACCCAAGCUCUAAGGCUUGGAAGGAUUUAGAUCUUGCAGGUUCUUCAAGAAAGCAGUGGGUGCGAGAUGUGUGCGGCUUGUUUGUCAGCAUUAUUGACUCUCGUAUCUAUCUUAUCCACCAGACGGCUCGAGAAUUUCUAAUACGGCAGGGGAACCUAACAGCCACGUCAGACAAAUGGGGACACUCAAUUGAUCUGCAGAAAGCACAUUUUGGCCUUGCCAAGUUGUGCAUCGGUUAUCUCCACUUUAGCGACUUCUGGAGACAACAUCAACAGCCUGUCCAUCGUUCAGCGCCACAGGACGCCUUUUUACAGUAUUCUGCAGCCCAUUGGAUGUAUCAUGUUCAACAGGGUGGUGAUAUGGAAAGCGAAUGGAUCUGUGCUGCAGCCAAGUUAUGUGAAGUAGGGGAGUCCUUAUUCUAUAUUCAAUCUCACGGAGAUACCAUGAUGUGGACAGGCUUAACCAAAUCGCAAACGAAUCCUUUAUAUUGGGCGAUACGUUGGGAAUUGAUCUUGAUUGUAGAGUUCCUCGCCAAAGACUCUGAAAUCAAGAUUACUGAGGAAGUCGUCCGGGCUGCCGCGGGGAGCCAGUUUAGCGGAGCAAAGAUCAUGGAACUUCUAUUUGACCAACGAGAAGCCGAAGUCAAGAUAACCGAUGAAGUCGUCCGGGCUGCCGCAGAGAAUCAAUCUAGUGGAGUGAAGAUCAUAGAACUUCUACUUGACCGGCGAGGAGCUAAGGUCAAGGUUACGGAUGAAGUUGUUCGGGCUGCUAUGGAGAAUCAGUCUAGUGGAACACAGAUUAUGGAACUUCUACUUGAUCAAAGAGGGGCCGAGAUCAAGAUUACCGAUGAACUCAUUUUUACUGCCGCGGGGUAUCAGUCUAGUGGACCAAAGAUCUUGGAACUUCUACUCCAGGAACGAGGGACUAAAGUCAGGAUCACGAGUGAAGUGAUAUCUUGUGUUUUUACAAUGUUUGGACACAAGGUAAAAGAGCUUCUACUUGACCGACAGGAGGCUAAAAUCAAUAUCGCCAAUGAAGUUGUUCAGACUGUCGGGGGGAAUUGGUAUGACGGAUUUAAAAUCAUGGAACCUCUAAUCAACGGACGGGGGUCUAAGCUAAAGAUCACCGAAGAAGUUGCUCAUGCCAUCGCUGGGAAUAUAUAUUACGGAGCAAAGAUUAUGGAAAUCCUAUUGGACCAACAAGGAGCUGAGAUCGAUAUCACAGAUAAAGUUGUCAGGGCUGCCGCAGGAAAUUUAUCAAGCGGUGCAAAGAUUAUGGAACUUCUUCUAAGCCGACGAGGAGCCGAGAUAAACAUUACUGAUGAAGUUGUCUGUGCUGCCGCAGGGAAUCAGUCUAGUGGAGCGAAGAUCAUGGAAUUUCUCCUUAACCGGCGAGGAGCUGAGAUCAAGAUCACCAAUAAAGUUGUUCAGACCGCAGUAGGGAAUAAAUAUCGCGGGGUAAAGAUCAUGGAGCUUCUACUUGAUCGACGACGGGCUGAGAUCAAGAUCACUGAUGAAGUUGUCCGGGCUGCCGCAGGGAAUCAGUCUAGCGGAGCAAAAAUCAUGGAACUUCUACGUGACCAGGAAUGA